AUGCUCCAGUUUGAAGCCAAGCUCGGGUCUGUCUCCGCGACGGCUGACAGCUCGGGGAAUUGUGGAGUUUCUUAUUCCCAUGAUGAUGGCAGUGUAAGCAUUUCCAUGGACUCAAAGAGUGAAAUCCUUGCUUCUGCAGAUGCAGGGCUGGAUCUAGUGGAGUCAGAUGGAUCAGCAGAAGUGGAUAUGGCGCUAGGCCAUGGGUGGCAUGCCUCGGUAGGAGUAGACCUUCACCAUUCGACGGCUGCCAAAGCAACCUGGUCCAGCGAUGAUGGCUUCGGCCUUACCACCAAGAGUUUGACCAAGCUCAAAGUUUCAGGGCAUUUGUCGAAGGAGGGUGGGAUCAGCGUGUUCAGCUCACCGGAAGAUCUAGCAGAAAGGGGCCUUGUCAGCGGACACGUUGAUCUCGAUGCAGCUGGCAACGUUGUUUCUGGAGACUUGCAGUUCGACGUGGCGGCCAUCGCAGACUUGUUUAAUAACUCACAAGACCUCAGUGUGGAGCAGCUGCAAGUGCGAUGGGGUGAGCAUCUCAUGGAAGGCAGGAUCACCGUGAAUGGCGUGGAUGUUUCGUUGAAGUACCAGGAGUUCAACGUGUCCGGAAGCACAGAGACAUCCAGGGUGGAGUACGGUGAGGAUGGCAGCAUUUGCCAUUACUACGGCGAGACGGAAGUCAGGGAGGGCACUGUAGAGCAGAUCUCUCUUGGACUUGGGUGCCAUGUCCCAGGGACCGGUGCUGCGGCUUCUGUGAAGGGUGAAGCUGCGAUUCUAUCGAACAAUGAUUACACGAGCCACAAGGACACUCAGUCGUUUGACCGUUGUGGAAACUCCACCACAGAGACCUUCACCUCCGAAGACACCACAGACAAAUCAACACAGGUCUUUGGCGCGAAGGUUGGUGGGACGACAGAAACCAUCCGAAAGGAGACGACCAUCAAUACAGAGAAGCAGGAUGGCACCUUCAUAAGCAGCACGAAGAAAACCACAACAGAGGAGGAGGCACAUCUUAAAGAGCACCAUAAUUUUUUCUCGGAUGACGUUGAAAUACUGCACGAGUCAAAGCUCCAAGUGGAAGAGCUCGAGUAUCAGUUGAUCCAGGCUGGUUUUGCGUUGGCCAUUCUCAUAAUGCCUGCAGUGGCAGUCUACAUGGCUGAUGGUAAGCUCAGCACUGAGGAGUUGUUGAAGAUUGCCUUUCAGACGGUGGCAGCGUCUGCAGCCAUGGCAGCGUUUAGCAGAGCCGUGGGCUCGCAAAACGCCGUUAUGGCAGUGAUCCUCCUCGCGACGAUUCUGCCUGAUCUUGCUCACGGCAGAACAGACGAGGUGAAGAAACGCUUGGAGAAGCUGAUGUUCAGCGUUUUAAUGUCCGCAGCUGCCAAUCGUGGCACUCAGUUCGUUUUUGGUUUGACCGCUUUGGCCCCUUUUGCACCCAUCCUGGGACCUGCCGCUGGGAUGUGUGCGAGCUCCGUCGCUGAUAGCUUCGGAUGA